AUGUUACAAGUCAGGAGAGUAUAGCGAGAGCUGCAUCUGAGGUGGAACAGCUCGUUCAAGAGGAGGGUCUCAACUGUCUCAUCAACAAUGCUGGAAUUAAUGUAGUUGCCAACCUUGAGACAGUCACUGCAGACAAGAUGUUGGAAAACUUCCAUACCAACUCUGUUGCCCCGUUGAUGAUCACCAAGGCCAUGCUCCCACUGCUGAAGCGAGCAGCUGCAAAAGAAAUGGGGAUGGGCAUCCACAGAGCAGCAGUCAUCAAUAUGACGUCUCUACUGGGUUCAGUUGAGCUCUACUGGGGUGAUCGUGCCAACAGUUUCAAAUGGUACCCCUACAGAACAUCAAAGAGUGCACUGAACAUGGUCACCAGAUGCUUGGCAGUGGACCUGGAGGCAGAUGGGAUCCUGUGUAUGGCUCUGCAUCCAGGCUGGGUACGCACUGAUAUGGGUGGACCUGAAGUGAUUGCUCUCAACUACGUCUGAAUAUGGAUCCG